AAUGGGUAUGUGGAGUAACGCAGUGCAUCUAUAUAGUGCCUAGGUUAGGAAUUGUUGUAAACCUCCACGCUCCUAAUUCUUGUUCAUGGCUUUGGGCAUAGUUAGGUAAGCACAGGGGCAACUUACCUUUAUUCCACAUAAUUAUCUUUGUCUUUACUCUUAAAGCUCUUAAAGACCCCAAAACAAAGCAACCCCUUUUCUACGAAGUAGUAUUUUAGAAAUACAUCUGCGUAUGUUCAGCUUCAUUCGCUAAUCGAUAGUACAUGACACUCGAAUCAUUCGAUUGUGUACAUCGGAAUCUUACAUUGCUAUAGGCUUUUGUGUUGUCUAGAAGUCUAGAACGUCUAGAAUUCAGAGCUUUAGGUUAUAUUUGAGAGUAUUGUCCCUGUCGCUGAGCUAUGUAGUAACUGCUGUAAACCAUGUACCUAUCAGGUUAUAUGCUCUUCUACUUCUGAUUCGUGGUGUAUAUGAGCGCUAGUGUAUGAUAGGCGUACUAGUGUCCGUGUUAUGUGUUUUACUGGAACGUUUUUCUUCCAUACGGUUGCGAAGAGAUGUGACAUGAUGCAAGAUGCCCUUUGUUUGCGUACUACAUCAGCAAAUGAGAACGCAUUCGUAGAAGUGUGAUGUAACAUGACAAAAGACUGCACAUAUAUGCCAAACAUAACCUUGUGGGAACUGCCCACAUUCAAGCCAAUGUUAAAGUGACAACGCAAGUAUCAUUGCUUAGCAACAACGAGUAAACAGCUGUUGGUAGGCAAAGCCUACAACAGUACGGACAGUGACAUGUUUUUCGAGCUGUCCGGCGCAGUGUUAUAUACGAGGACGAUUUGGCGAUAUGUAGAAGUGUCGUGUGGGUGUUAGAAGCAGUAAUAUUGUCGGUACUAUACUUCAAUUCUUCUAACUCAAGUUCAUCUGUGUAUACUGUGAAACUAUAAUAUAUAUUAUAGAACAGUUCAACAAGUGGUUGUCUCUUCAUAUAACGACAUCCCACAACCCGAACGCCGCUGAAUACCAUGUUACAAUGCUGUCAGUGGUUGACCUAUUGUGGACCAAUAAGACUGUGGCUACAGUGUGUUUGGGUUUGGUAGCAUUGCUUGGCGACCAUGUGGUGACACAUUAUACCCAGUAUGAGGAUGUACAGGCUGUAGCUGACAAUUUGACUCAUGGUGCUAUAGGUCUGCUGACAUGGCACAUUGUCAGAAUCCAUUUAGCAGGCCUUUCUCUCACGACUCAGCUCUCCGAAAUUUUGUUAUGUGGACUGCUCGCGUCAGCUAUCGACCUGGAUCAUUUUGCUGCAGCCAGGUCUUUCAGGAUUCAGGAUGCCCGGCAGCUACCUUCACGCCCUCCCCUGCACUGUACGUCUGUCAUGCUAGCAGUCUGUGGAAUUUUGCUGCUGCUGUCUUUCACCUUCCGCUGGGUGUUGCUGCAUUGUUUCUCAUGGAUCCUUAUAGCUGCGGUCCUGAGCCAUCACUUGCGAGAUGCAACCCGUCGUGGGCUGUGGAUGUACCCAUUUGGCUCCAGCCCCCCCAUCCCAUAUGCUGGCUACAUGGUGGGCUGCAUGUUGCUGCCACAUGUGUUGCCCUCAUUGGUGGGGCGCACGCAGCCAGCUCCUCAGCAUGCCACUCUGUACUCAGUUGUAGAGAUGUGAGCUGAAUUGUGAUUGAGGAGGUGCUGAAGACCUCACGUGUCCGGUGUCCUGACCACUCCUUUGUAAUGUGAGACAACUUGUGUUGUGGUGAAGACAUGUUCAAACACUUGACGUUCAGCAAAGGGAGAACAAAGAUGGACGGCCUUUAAGGAGAAUGCUGAAACUUAGGGAAUAUCCUUUGAAGCGUGUAGUUCAUGUAAAUAAUAUUUACAAAUUAAUUUCAUACCUCCUAGAAAGGACUUACUAGUUAACACUGUUUAGAGAAAGAAUUGCUGUUUAUCGUAUCAUAUGAAACACAAUUUCUGUACUCCAUAAAAAGUUUAAGUAACAAAUGAAUGGAGAAGAUUACAUGACAAGGAACUUAGCUUACAAAAAAACUUUGUUUGGAAAAUUAUUGAAGAUAAUUACUUUAUUGGCCAAAAUAUGAGUAUAAUAUUAAAAUAGAUGUGGAAAGCAAAUAAUGACGCUUUGAUACAUCCAUGCAGUGUACUGACAGAUAUUAACAGGAACAGUUGAGAGGGAGAGGUCGCUGAGUUUGUGUAGGUGUUGAUAAGAGCAGAGGAAUGCUGCAUUAUCAGGUGAUGACUCAGUAUUGUUCCCUUAUCAGCAGAUAAGCACGAGUAGAUCUGAUAAAGCCCAUCACUUGCAGGAAAUGCUUUCAGUCUUACAAGAUGGCUGACAGAGACAGGAUAUUCAGUGUGAGUGUGGUUAUGUGGCAGGUAUCUGAAAGGAAGCUGUCGUAAAAGUGUGACAGACUAGGGUACCCAGUGGCAGGUUCCAUCUGUUGAAUGAGAUUGCUUUUAUUAAACUAAGCUAUGCAGACUAGAAUGGUUUUCUGUUGGCUUGGGAAAUGGUCAUGGCCUAUUUUUAAAGUAGCAUUUACAUACAGGGACUGAGGAAAACAGCAGAUAUCUGGUUCCUCAUUUGUAUGAUCAGAGAUGUGUGUGUUGCAGGAUGAUUUGGAGCUGGAGAUAUUUGCACUGGUCACAGGGUGCUUCUCUGUGCUGGCGCUGGUGGUCCUUGCCAUAUUGGUGAUACACCUUAA